AUGAGCACCACCAACGCAAUGGAUCACUGUGCAGAGCACCAAUCCUCCGCCCCCUGCGAUUCACAUUGUUCUGAAGACCACAACGAGGAGAAGAAGCAUGACAGCAACACAGCGCCUCCUCCUAACAGCGCAUCACACGAGCAGCCCAUCCAGGAGGGCAUCAAACCAAAAGACCAGCUGUCUGUGUUUCCGGACCGUGACAAGUACAUGAGACACCUUAUCAAUACCUACCCCGGCUUCGACAGCACUGUCGAUCAAGCUCAGGCUUGGGUGGCCAAUAUUCUCGCCUUUCGCAAACAAUUGCACCGCAUCGUUGCCGCCGACAUCUGUCUGUCUGGGUCCGAUCUUCACUACUUGCAGCGCGAAUGGGGCCUACAAUACUUUGAGGGGCUUGGGCUUGCUCGCAGCCAUUCCAUGCUGAUUGUCUCGGAUAUCAUGGACGCAGUUCAUGCCUACCGAGUCACAAGGCUGCGCGCCCACCGUAACAACCCACAGAGGUGGAGUCACCCUGAUCCGGACCCCGAUUCUGAAGCCAACUUCUCCACCUUGCACGUCAUUUUCCGCAUCGUCAUCAUCUUCUGCGUCGUCUAUACGAUCAAAUCGUGCUUCUCCGCUAUUUCUUCGGCUUCUUCCUAG